GAGAGGCUGAGGGACGCGCCCUGAGGGGAGUGGGGGAGGGGCGCUGGCCACCUCAGGCGAUUUGGGGCGGCUCCAUUGUGAGGUUGGGCUGUGGGCCUCUUGUGAGGUCACUGGGCUCUACAUCCUGAGGCGAGACUAGUGGCCCAACGGCUAGCUGGGUUUGUUCAGGCUUUGAAAAGAAGAAAUCUUCAGUCAGCACCUGGGAGCCUGACGAAGGCGAAACCAGCAUCCUCGAAGGCGGAAACCGUCGACGUUGUCGUGUUUGCCUCUCUGGGGCCUAUUUAAAAGAGCCUGACUGUAACUACUGGUAGCCAAGACUUGAGUGAUUGCUUUCGACAGAAGUAGGUAAAUUUCCAGGUUGGUAAGUUUUAAUUCUGAAAAACCUAGAAGGAUUGAAAGAAAGGAAAGAAGAAGAAGAAGAAAACAACUCUGGAAGCACCUAAAGAUGAAGCCAUAAUAAACUGCCAGAUCAAGAACCACCUGCAUUUGAUUGAGAUCGUCGGAACUGAGCUAUCAAAACUAAAUGCUGGACACUGCGUAGGACUGCGAGAGAUCACCAGUACGUUUAAAGAAGACAUCCGUUGCCAUUGAAGACCUCUCGAUAUUUUAGAUCGUCCCUAGGUAGCUUUGUUUAGGUGUGGAUAGGCGUAAUCGAAACGAAUCCCAAGAAAACCUCUAGGGUUAGAAACUAGUUGGUAAAAGACUGGAGACCUCAUUGCAGCCAUGGCCUUCACAAAUUACAGCAGUCUGAAUCGAGCUCAGCUAACGUUUGAGUAUCUGCACACAAAUUCAACCACUCAUGAAUUCUUGUUUGGUGCUCUCGCUGAACUGGUUGACAAUGCGAGAGAUGCAGAUGCCACCAGAAUAGAUAUUUAUGCAGAAAGGCGAGAAGAUCUCCGAGGAGGGUUUAUGCUUUGCUUUUUGGAUGAUGGAGCAGGAAUGGAUCCAAGUGAUGCUGCCAGCGUGAUCCAGUUUGGGAAGUCGGCCAAGCGGACACCAGAGUCCACUCAGAUUGGGCAGUACGGGAAUGGGCUCAAAUCGGGCUCAAUGCGCAUUGGAAAGGAUUUUAUCCUUUUCACCAAGAAGGAAGACACCAUGACCUGCCUCUUCCUGUCUCGCACCUUUCACGAGGAGGAGGGCAUUGAUGAAGUGAUCGUCCCAUUGCCCACCUGGCAUGCUCGGACCCGGGAGCCCGUCACAGAUAACGUGGAGAAGUUUGCCAUCGAGACAGAGCUCAUCUACAAAUACUCGCCCUUCCGCACAGAGGAGGAAGUGAUGUCCCAGUUCAUGAAGAUUCCUGGGAACAGCGGGACGCUGGUGAUCAUUUUUAAUCUGAAACUCAUGGACAAUGGAGAGCCGGAGCUGGACAUCAUCUCCAAUCCGAGAGAUAUCCAGAUGGCAGAGACCUCUCCGGAGGGCACGAAGCCAGAGCGGCGCUCAUUCCGAGCCUACGCCGCUGUGCUCUAUAUCGAUCCCCGGAUGAGGAUCUUCAUUCAUGGGCACAAGGUGCAGACCAAGAGGCUCUCCUGCUGCCUGUAUAAACCCAGGAUGUACAAGUACACAUCAAGCCGGUUCAAGACCCGUGCGGAGCAGGAGGUGAAGAAGGCAGAGCACGUGGCUCGGAUUGCUGAAGAGAAGGCCCGGGAGGCAGAGAGCAAAGCUCGGACGUUGGAAGUGCGCCUGGGCGGAGACCUCACCCGGGAUUCUAGGGUGAUGUUGCGACAGGUCCAGAACACAGCCAUUACCCUGCGCAGAGAAGCCGACGUCAAGAAGAGGAUCAAGGAGGCCAAGCAGCGCGCCCUGAAAGAACCUAAGGAGCUGAACUUCGUUUUUGGUGUCAACAUUGAACACCGGUACCUGGACGGUAUGUUCAUCUACAAUUGCAGCCGCCUGAUCAAGAUGUAUGAGAAAGUGGGUCCACAGCUGGAAGGUGGCAUGGCAUGCGGAGGAGUUGUGGGGGUUGUUGAUGUGCCCUACCUGGUCCUGGAGCCAACACACAACAAACAGGACUUCGCAGAUGCCAAGGAGUACCGGCACCUAUUGCGGGCCAUGGGGGAGCACCUGGCGCAGUACUGGAAGGACAUUGCCAUUGCCCAGCGAGGAAUCAUCAAAUUCUGGGAUGAGUUUGGUUACCUGUCUGCCAACUGGAACCAGCCCCCAUCCAGUGAGCUGCGUUACAAACGCCGGAGAGCUAUGGAAAUCCCAACUACCAUCCAGUGUGACUUAUGUCUGAAGUGGAGGACCCUCCCCUUCCAGCUGAACUCCGUGGAAAAAUAUUACCCUGACACUUGGAUCUGCUCCAUGAACCCCGAUCCUGAGCAGGACCGGUGUGAGGCUUCCGAACAGAAGCAGAAGGUCCCCUUGGGGACAUUCAAAAAGGACUUAAAGACACAGGAAGAGAAGCAGAAGCAGCUGACAGAGAAAAUCCGCCAGCAGCAGGAGAAGCUGGAGGCCCUUCAGAAAACCACACCUAUCCGCUCCCAAGCUGACCUGAAGAAGCUGCCCUUGGAAGUGACCACCAGACCUCCGUCUGAGGAACCUGUGCGGAGACCUCAGCGUCCGCGCUCACCCCCGUUACCUGCUGUGAUCAAGAAUGCCCCGAGCAGACCUCCUUCCCUGCAGCCACCCAAACCAGCCAGCCAGCCCCGCAGGGCUCCCCUCGUCAACAACCCGCCCAAGCCGCCUGUGGUGGCAGCCCGGGAGGAGGCCAGUACAUCCAGGGUGCUGCAGCCACCUGAGGCACCUCGACGGCCUGCAGCCACUCCAGCCAAGACUGCGCCCCGGCCUGCCCAUCUGGUGCAGCCGCUGCCACCAUCAGUGCCGCCCAGCCCUAAGACCCCUCGGGAGGUCCCUGCUACCAGAGCCACCAGGACUGCGGCAGUGAAGAAGCCAGAGCCUCCUGUUAAACCUCCUGCCCCGGCUGCCGCUGGCCGGAAGCGCAAUUUGGGGGUUUCCGAUGAGGAAGAAGUUGAGGAAGAAGCUGAGAAGAAGAGAGAGAGGUUCAAGCGGGGUAGAUUCACCGUGAAGGAGGAGAAGAAGGACUCGAAUGAGCUCUCAGACAGCGCUGGAGAAGAAGACCUGGCUGACCUCAAGAGGGCUCAGAAAGAUAAAGGAUUGCAUGUAGAGGUGCGUGUGAACAGGGAGUGGUACACAGGCCGUGUGACAGCCGUGGAGGCGGGCAAGCAUGUGGUGCGAUGGAAGGUGAAGUUUGACUACGUGCCCACAGACACAACACCAAGAGACCGCUGGGUGGAGAAAGGCAGUGAGGAUGUGCGGCUGAUGAAACCCCCUUCCCCUGAGUAUCAGAGCCCUGACACACAACAGUUGGGUGGAGAGGAAGAGGAGGUUGUAGUGGCUGAGCAGGCCGUAGCCAUGGCAGAGCCCUCUACCUCUGAGUGUAUCCGCAUUGAGCCUGAUACCACUGCACCAAACACCAACCAUGAGACCAUUGACCUACUUGUCCAGAUCCUUCGGAAUUGUUUACGUUACUUCCUGCCGCCAAGUUUCCCCAUCUCUAAGAAGGAGCUGAGUGUCAUGAAUUCGGAUGAACUGAUCUCUUUCCCUCUGAAAGAGUACUUCAAGCAGUAUGAGGUCGGGCUGCAGAACCUGUGCAAUUCCUAUCAGAGCCGUGCCGAUUCGCGGGCCAAGGUGUCAGAAGAGAACCUGCGAACAUCUGAGAGGAAACUCCGCGAGACCGAGGAGAAGUUACAGAAGCUGAGGACCAACAUCGUGGCUCUCCUGCAAAAGGUGCAGGAGGACAUAGACAUCAACACAGACGACGAGCUGGAUGCCUACAUUGAAGACCUCAUCACCAAGGGGGACUAAAUUUAGGGCCGGGAGCCCAGACAUCAGCUCCCCUACUUACCUGCCCCUCAACACAGCAGCUUUCUGGGGGUGGGGGUGAUCAUUCAUGGAUUGCGGACUUACCUUGGUUUGAUUCACAUGGGACAUUUGUGCUUUUGGAGGGAAAGUUACUCUUGAUUCUUUGAAUCUUCCUCCCUAAGUUUAUAAAUAUUUAUUUUUUAAAAGAAACAAGAUGCUGUGGCUGCUGUGAAACCAUACAUUUUUGGUGUGACUCUUGGGCAGAAGGACAGAGAUUUUUUCCCAUUUUUGCCACACCAGGUUGCCAAGCCUGAGCCAUUUGAAACUCCUGGCAUCUCAAGAUGGUGGUGAGGCCAGUGCCAUCUUGAAGCUGGCCAAGCUCCAAAGGCAGGAACCUCCCAAGUAUCCUUCCCCGAGGACAAGCACUGUAGUCAUCUCUGAGAUGGAGUGGAGCGUGGGGAGGCCACAACCCGCCCAGGGUGGCAUUCCCCACAGUGGCUCAGAAGCAGGAGAACCCACAAGUGGGCUGUGCUUAUGGCAGGUGUAGUGUUGGAGGGCCUCUCCUUCUUACAGCUCCCCUGUCUCAGGAAAAUGAGGGACUGGAAGUAAGCCCAAGCAGCUGAGAGCCAUCUUGGCUGUGGCCCUGUCCCCAACAGCUUGGAGCUCAGCCUGUCCCAUCCACCACCCAAGUUGUCUCUGAAAGAACGACUUCCAUGUUUAACCUUGGAAUGAAGUCUCUUGCCUUGGUGAACUCAAGCCCAGGUUGAGGAAUAAACAGAUCCAACUCUGGUCAGGUCUUUGACCUGGCUAGCACACUGAAUGUCUGAACUCCAAAGAAUUCCUCAGGGAAGGAGCUUGUGUGUGACGUCACCCCGGUGCUGAGCUGGCAGAGGCUCUCAGGUGCUGCUGGUCGACCUGGAGCACUGCUGUGGCUUUUCCUACUUGCCUUUGCCGGGUACCCCUCCAGUCCCUGCCCCCGCCCCAGCCACCUUGCAGUCCCUCCUCUGGAGCCAGUGGGUGGGUGGGGGAGUCAGGGAUUCCCAACCACAGAGACUGCAGAGGCAACUCUGUGGGAAGCAGCCCUGGCCUUCCCCAUCCAGUCACAGCUGCGGAAGGCUGUGUGUCUCCAGCAACCAACUUCUCAGGGUCAAAGACAAAAGGCAAGACUUGCUGAGUUUUUACUGUAAUGGCUACAGGAGAAUUCUGGGUCCAUUAGUUCCAACUCUCAUCCCACUCCUACUUGGAUUUUUGAAGGCACAGAACUAUGACCUUCUAUGAUUGGUCUGAUGCAAAACCCCUUGGGUGAAUUUCCAGCGUCUACCAAUUCCAGGCCAGCUGUGGCCUCCCUGCCACCCCCUGACAUCUGCCAAAGACUGGAAAGCAGAGCCCGAUGCUGGUCCCUUGUAGUUGGAGAUCUUUCCCCACUUGGCGUGCAUGGCCGGAGCACCUGAGACUGAUGACAUCUGGGAUUUCCCAGAUCACAACCCCAGGAGAGCGUCCCUUGGGCGGGGAGGGGCUCGCCUCUGGAAAGAUCCUGCAAGAGUCUGGGUAUUCCUUGAGAGCUGGUGGUUCUUGCCCCUCUUGGCUCUGUUGGUUCCAGGCAGCAUGUGGUCCAUUAUUGUUCCCAAAACCUGUUCUAACCUGAAAGAAAGUUGAUUCUGCGUUUUUACCAGUGGGCAGUAACUCAGUUUUUAAAUUUAUAUACAUGUAAUCGAACUGUAAUAUUAUACCGAACCCCCCAGGUACAGUCUUUUCUUUUUCAGUAAAAUUGAGCACUUCUUUCCUUCCUUUCUACUACUGUGGCGUCUCUGUCUUCAGUCUGUAGGGAAAGACCGAAUUUCCUCCGUUUUAGCUUCAGCCUGUGGCUGUGCCCACUCUGUCAGUCUAACUGCAGCUCUGUGGGAUGCAGCCUGUAUCCCCGGCACCCUCACAAGCAGGGUUCCCCCACUCUGCUUUUCCUGGGCAUGCCUCAUGGGGAGCUACCGAUGACCUGGAAGAGAGUGUGGUUGGUGUGUGAUAGCAAGAUACUGAGGACACGCAGCAGCCGCCACCCUCACUUCAGAGCGUUAAAUGGGAUACAGGCCCAUGGCGAAAGUUCAGACAGUACGAAGGGCUGGACCUCAAAGAGCAAGAUUCUGUCUUCCUACCUGGUCCCCAAGUUAUCAGCAUAGCCAUCCUGCGUGCUUCCACUCAUCCACUCUUGCCUUUCUGCCGGUUUCUCAAGUAGCCUGCCUUGAAACCUGUUUCUAAAUAGCACAUUUUAUGAGUCUGUUUGGUUCUCAACAAAGUACAUUUUAUUGAUUUGGAUGUAUUGUUAUUUAAAAUCAAUUUAACAUUUGGACUAACAUUUUAUGAAAAACGCCAUGAUGAAAGUGUGUGCUGUCUUGCUUCUAUACAUAGUUUAAAGGAAAUGUCAGUGGGUAUGUUACUAGCUGUCACAGUGUGGGUAUUUGGUGCAAUGGCUGAGGUCACUUGGUUCAAAUCCUGGCUCCACUUGGAAUUCCAGCUUUCCAUACACACACACUCGGAGAGGCAGCAGUUCAGUCCCUGCCACUCAGGUGGAGACCUGGAUUGAGUUCAUGGCUCCUGGCUUUGGUCUGGCCUUGUCUUGACUGCUUUGGGCAUUGGGGAACUGAAUCAGUAGAUUGCUGUCGCUACACUUUCCUAUUACAUAGAGGUUCUUGCAGGUUCUGAGAGACACUCCUAGAUUCCAGAUAAGACUUUGAUUUCAACUCUUAACUAGCCCACCCCUCCGCACUGCUUGUCAGUAUAAAGAUAUUUUACCUACACUAAUCUGAAUGGUGAAAAGUGGUUCUUUUGACUUUCGUUUUAAGUGAAAAUGAAUAUCUGGCUCCGUU